AUGGCAGCUUUGAUUCCGCUGUUGAAGGCUGCGAUUUCGUCAUCAACUUGGCCACUUGUCUGGGUAACCAGGUCGAUUGACGGAACGCUGGGAAUUCUAAGAUCUUGCAAGAAAGCAAAAACUGUGAAGCGAGUAAUCCAUACAUCUGCCAUCGUCGCAGCUUAUCCUAUUAAUGAACACGGACAACUUAAGGAGGUUCUUGAUGAAUCCUGUUGGACUCCUAUUGAUUAUAUCAAAGGCAAAGACGGCUUUUUUGGAAUGUAUGCAGUAUCCAAGACUUUGGCAGAGGAAGCAGCUCUGCGAUACGGAACGGAGGAAGGGAUUGAAGUUGUAACAGUGUUGGUAGGAAUGGUGGGAGGUCCUUCUCUAACCUCCACAAUUCCCCAUAGCAUUCCAGUUAUGUUAGCACCACUCACAGGAUCGCUGCCAUUAGUCCACGUGGAAGAUGUAUGCAGUGCCCAUAUGUUUUUGAUGGAGCACCCAUCUGCAGCAGGUCGAUAUGUGUGUUGUUCCGAUCCCAUAACCGUUACUGACAUGCUCAGCUUCUUUCGCAAACGCUAUCCAGAAAUUCCCUUGGCUUUUGGGAACGAAGAGGAGGAAGAUAAGUGGAAGAAGGUAGCUGUACGAAUUUCUUCCAAGAAACUGAGUGAUCUUGUCUCGUACAAGUAUGAUAUGGAGGAAAUAAUCAGUGACAGCAUCGAAUGUGCAAAACAAAUGAAAGUCUUGUGA